GAGGCGAAGCUUCACAAAUCAAACUCAUUCAGCGGCGAGAGAAGGAGGAGAGGGAGAACCGGGAGCACGCGGAAAGUGGCGGCGGUGGAAAAGGACCCCUAUCUUCAACUAUCUGGAGGGGGGAAGUGCUCCAGAACCCGUGGUGAUCGGAGAGAACCACCGAUCAACCGGGAAUCCAAGGAUAAGCGGCAUCCGACAAAACAAGGAAAGGAGAUGCGAUUCUCGCGGCGGCGCCACGGAUUCUGCUGUGAUACCGAGCGUGUGCCCGCGAGGGGCAGGAGGAGGCUGCACGGGACGGGCGACGCGCACAGCUGUGCACCGGAUUACUAGCUGGCCAUGGACGGGUCUUUAGUGGCAGUGGUUCAACCCCGUGUUUGAGUCCGGGUUCUCUGAGUUAAAGGAUAGGUAGUGGUAGCCCCCCACCCCAGGGGGCAUCGUCUCUUCCUCACCAUGAAGAUCGUGCUGGCCAACUUAUUCGCUCUUCUCUUCCUGUGCACUUGCCUCAGCGUGCUCUACGUGUGGACCACCCUGGAGAGCCGCCUGGACCGCCACAAGCGCAGCACCUUUCCGGGACCCGCGGUGGACCAUCCGAGGUCCCUGCGCUCCGGCGGCCCGUCCACCGACCCCUCGCCCAAAACUUUCCGGGCUCUGCUGGCCGUCCCCGCGGCAGGGAGACUGCAGCGGCCCGCCGGGGUCUACAACCUCAGCGCCUCCACAGGGAGUCCGGAUCACCGUAUGUCAUAUCACGGAGAUAACGAGGGGGGGUCCGCGCGACGGGCACGGGGAGGGGAGGAUAGAGCGGACCGGUUCGACCCCAACCCCGUGGAGGACGGGAUCUUCUGGAGCCAGCGGUUGGAGGAACAACUGUCUGCCGGCUUCACGGAGGAGCACGCCCGGGCUUGGCGCACCCGAGCCCGGGCUCAGCGGGUGGUGCGGCUAGAGCCCGGCUGCGGCCGGAUCUCCAACCAGCUCGCCACUUUCUCGGACGGGACCCGCGCGUGCGUGCGCUACGGGAUCAACGCGGACCAAGUGCAGGGGGAAACGUUGACGUCGUGCCUCGCGACACUGCUGGGCAUCGCCAACCUGCCACCCCUCGCGCUGUCCCAGCUUAGCGGGACCGGGGCCGGGGCGGCGGGGGGCGGCGAGCAGUGGGCCGCCGUGAGGCGGCGCGUGGAGGGGCUGCAGUGGAGCGAGCGUGCCGUGGUGUCCCUCACGGAGUGGGUGGCCAACCUGACCGGGGUGGUGACGCCCUCCCUGCUCCGACAGGAGGGUGGAGGAGUUGGAGGAGGGCUCCAUCCGUUCCACCAAGAGCUGCGGAACAAGACGAGGGCGGAGUUGUUCGAGCUGAUGCAGUGGAGCGACCUGAUCCUCAUGGACUACCUCACGGCCAACUUCGACCGGCUGGUGAGCAACCUGUUCAGCCUGCAGUGGGACCCGCGCGUCAUGGAGCGGGACACCAACAACCUGCUGCGCGCGCCCCGUGGCGACCUGCUGUUCAUCGACAACGAGGCAGGGCUCGUUCACGGCUACCGCGUGCUGGGCAUGUGGGAGAAGUACCACGACACGGUGCUCGGUUCGGUGUGCGUGUUCCGCCGAAGGACCGCGAGGCGCGUGGCCGAGAUGAGCGCGCGGCAGGACGCGCGGGCGAGGCUGCUGGAGUUGUACCGGGACACGGAGCCGCUGGCGCCCGUGCUCGGCUUCCUCUCCGACGAGCACGCAGGGCUCCUGCAAGCCCGGAUAGACACCGUGCACAGACACAUAUCGCACUGUAGAGAGAAGUACGGCCGGCUUUGACCUUUGACCUGCUACCCGUCCCAGAGCGUUACUGAGGUCUCGCCUUCCCCCCCCCCGUCCAAUCAAAGAGCGUUACUGAGGUCUCGCCACUGCAAAAAUGCGACCGGUUUUAAUAUUGUUGUGCAUUGGAUACUACUGUUAAAACUACCUCUUGUAAAUACGUCUCUUUGCCUACACGUUAUAGGGGUCAUCUUUAAUUUGUGGAUCGACCUAUACGCCGCCCCCCCCCCCCUUGCAGAAACGUCAUUCCAGAAUUGGAUUGCUAAAAGAAAAAAAAAUGAUUACAGCGAGUGCAUUUUUUAUGUUCUGUCGCCGCGCAUUUUACGAUUGUUGAAACUAAUGUGUGGUUAUAAAUAGUGGUGGUGUUUGGUGUCAUAACACUGCGCCACGUGGCCCUGGCUUAGUGCCCGUCCCUCCUGCUAAAAGCCUUAACAUGAGCUCACGCUACAUCGUCUUCAUAGUUUGGCACAUCUCUUUCCCCCUUUUCCCUUUGCUCUUUUUAACAGAAGACUGUUUUUUGCACAAUUCGAAUGGCUCACUAGCGAGCACCAGUGAUUUGGGUCCUGUAAUAUCGUGAUGAUGACUUGUAUACUACUACUCAGCCUUAAUGACUUAACGUGUACAUAAACACCCAAUUGUAUAUAUUGUAAAGUAUACUGUAAAUACAGUGCCUGUCACAAUGUCCUUUCUGGAAAUGUCAUGCUCCACUAAGUUAUGUGCAUUGUAACAUUCCAAGUCUCUUUUGAUAAAUGUGUUGUAAUUUAA